GGGGGCGGGGGCGGGGCGGCGGAGUCUCGUGGCGGGGCGUGCAGGCUCGUGGCGGGGCGGGGCGGGGCGGCACGAGUCUCGCGGGGACGGGGCGGCAGCGUUGGCGGGGCGCGAGUCUUGCCUGCCAGUGUUGCCUGGCGGGGACGUUCGCCCCCCCCUCUCCCCUGGGUGGGGGGCGCCGACAGGUGUGUUGUGGGGGGGGCGUCACACUCCCUGGACCUUCAUGGUGGGGCCUUGAUGCUUUAUUACCAGGACAGUUUUGGAUAUUCCUCCAGAAUCACACCCAGCCCCCAGUGGUGUGUAGUGUGCUUCCACAAGCCAGGUGUUCACCCCUCCCCUGAUGGCCGCCACCUGAGUCACCUUGAGUCCGGCAGUGCCCCGACGCCCCGGCCAGGCCAGCCAUGAACCUGGAGGGGGGAGAGGACAGUGUGGGUGCUGGGGGGCUGCUGGCCUUGGGCCCCAGCAGCCUCACAGCCCCCCACCUCUCCCUGGGGCGGGGCGAGGCCACAGUGGUGACCCUGCAGGAAGGUGCACCAGGGGAGCCACUACUGCUGUGCCCCGUGGAGGAGGACGGGGCUGGGUCCGCUGCCCCGCUGCCUCCUGAUGCUGCCAUCACCUACGCAACGCUGGACGCUGGCGGCAACUUUGUGCUGCAGGCCGGGGAGGCGGGACUGACAGCUGGGGUGAAGGGUGCCCCGCGAGAGGGCCAGCUGGUGGUGGUGGGGGAGGCAGGGGGAGGGGAGCCCAUCACCUACAUCUACAUUCAGGGGGAGGGUGAAGGGGAGGAGGAGGGGGACAAGGAGGGGCCAGAGGGCCACACCAUCACCCUGAAUGCAGCGGAUGGCUCGGCCCUCCACACCCUGCCUGCCCCUUACACCUCCCACACCUAUGGGGACCUGGUACUGGUGGGGCCCCCGCCCACCCCAGAGCACUCUGCACUGGAGCCUGGCCCUGGGGACAGGUCGGAGGAAGAAGUGGGCCAGGCCGAGAAACAGGUGUUGCUGCUGUCAGUGGGGCCCCUCAAGGUGGAGGACAACACCACCCCUGCAGCAGACCCAAGCACUGACCCGGGCCAGGACAAGGGACUGGGCGGGGUGGAGAGGCCGGCCGACGCCCCACAGAAGGUGAUGCGUGUCCGGCGGGUCACCCAGCAGCAGCAGGAGAGCAGGGAGGGAGGGGAGGAAGGAGAGAUAGACAAGGAGGAAGAGGAAGAAGAUGAGGAAGAUGGCAGCUGCAGUACCUUCGAGGAGCGACUGGCCACCCGCGACUCUUUGAUGCCGCCCCGGCGAGAGCGUCGCACUGCCCCAUCUGGCAGCCUGUCAUGCCCCGCCUGUGAGGCGCGCUUCAGGUCCAGCCGCCAGUACCACAGCCACCUGCAGACCCACCGCGGCCCUGAUGCCUGGCACUGCCCCGUGUGCCGCCAUCCCUGCCAGUCUGCCGCGGCACUGCGCACCCACCGUUUGGGAGCCCACGGGGCGGCCCGGCCCUUCUCUUGCCCCAGCUGCCCCCUGACCUUCCGCAAGAGCCUCGUGCUGGAGGAUCACAUCCGCUCCGUCCACAACAAGGAGCGGCCCCUCGCCUGUUCUCUCUGCCCCAAGGCCUUCUACCGCCCUUAUGACCUCAAGAUGCACCUCAACCUCCACCUGGGCAUCAAGACCAAGGUGUGUGAUGUCUGCGGCAGGCAGUUCAGCCACUCCUCCAACCUCAUCCGCCACCAGUGCCUCCACACCGGUGCCAAGCCCUACGUCUGCAGCAUCUGUGGCAAGCGCUUCAAACAGGUGACACUGCUGCACAAGCACCGCGUCACACACCAGGAAGGGUCCUGCCCACUGUGCCCUGCCUCUGUGUCCACUGCCGCUGCCCUCCGCCGCCACUACCGCCUCGACCACAAGAGGAGCCUGACCCUUAGGGAGGCAGGGCGUGUCCUGCGGGGCCAGCGCGGGGCGGCCCCUCGCAGCUUCUACUGUCGAGUGUGUGGGGCACAGUUCAGCGUGAAGGCAGAACUGGUAGCCCAUGAGGAAUGGCAGCACCCCAGGGACAGCCAGCAUCACUGUGCCUCCUGCCGCCGCGUGGUGCCCAUGGCCGAGGUCAAGACCCACGCCUGCCUCACCCCGGAGGAGCACCGGAACUCUAGCAUCAUGCUGCACCUCCGCACCAAAGAUGCUGCCUCCACCACAAACACCACCACCACUGCUGCUGUCACCACCACCAUUACAACCACAGCCUCCACCACCACACAGGAUGCUCCCACCACCUCCAUAACCCUGCCAGGGCCCCAGCCACCUCAGAGGGAGUGCAAGGGAGAAACAGAAGAGGAGGAGGAGGAGGAUGAGGAAGAAGAGGAGGAGUACCUGGUUAUGUACAUAACGCCUGAGGGGGAGAGUGUGUCCUACGUCAUGAAGAAGGGCUGCCGGGCGGGCCUGGACCAAGUGUUACAGAUCAAUGCCCCUGAACACCUAGCGGGGGAAGAGCCUGCCCCACCUCUGCCCCGCCCUGAGGACACCAUCAUGAUCAACGUGCCACCCCAGGACCCCGACCACACCCUUCUGCUGGGCCAAGGGGAGACACCACACACUCCCUCCCCACCCACCCCUCCCAGCCACCCUGCCCUGCCCUUACAAAGCAUCAAACUGGAGCCUCACAGGGAAGAUGAAGAACCCCUUGAGAUCCUCCCUCUCCCAGCCCCACCCAUGCUGUCCCAAGGCACCCUCACUGAGCCCAAGACAGAGGAAGCGACGAGCAAAUCCAAUGAUGGGGUGGUGAUAAAAGCAGAGAAGGAGGAUGAAGAAGAGGAAGAGGAUGAGAAAGGGGUCAGCAAAAAGUCAGCAUUGGAGGCCAGGCUGAGUUGUAACAAUAACACCACCACCAGGGGAGGGAAAGGCCUGCUGGAGUGUUGUGACUGUGGGAAGAAGUUUACAAAGCAGUGGAACUUCCAGCAGCACCUUGCCACCCACGACGCCUCGCUGCACAGGUACAGGUGUGAGCAGUGUGGCCUCACCUUUGCCUACCGCUCCACCCUCAACAAACACCGCGACCACCACAACCCAACACCCCAGAUUCACCAGUGCCAGAAGUGCCCCAAGACAUACAAAUGCCUGGCAUCGUUGCGGCAGCACCACAAACGUGACCACGAGCGGUGGCGGCCGUAUGCGUGUGAGCUGUGUAACAAGGAGUUCUUCAGCAAAAGUGACUACAAAUACCACAUGAGGCUUCACAAGAGGGAACACCCCUACAUGUGUUUCACCUGCGGCCAGAAGUUUUCACACGUCUCACACCUGCAUCGCCACGAGAGGGUCCACACCGGCGAGCGUCCCCACAAGUGCCCUAUAUGCCCGAAGACCUUCAUACAGCACGGAACUCUGCGCAUACACCUCAAAAAGCACGAGAAGCAGGACAACACCACCACGCAACACCAGGAAGAGGACCAUGAACACGAACACCAACUUCAACCCACCAAUACUACCACUACAAUGUCAACCCACGACACCUUCACGGACACUCCAAACCUCGCCCUCAAGCUUGCCAUGGGUGAGGACACUGCCGGGACACUAAAUGAAGCUACCUUACUAUCCAAGGACUCUGGGGAUGACCUGCUGGGGAUACAUGGGGAGAGGAUAACUCUGUCCCAGGAUGCAGGGGAUGUGGGGCCAACUCUGGGGCAGGACACACUCCCUGAUACCAUGAUACUGUCCGAGGGGGGGCAGGGGGCCACAACGUUCCCUGGGGGCCAUGCGGCGGUAGUGGCGGGGGUGGACGGGGAGUGCAUUGCUAUAUUCGUUCAGGAAGACCUAAACUAGAUGCUGGAGGUCCUCACAGAGCCUAGAAUAGGAUUUUUCAGCCAAUCUUCAUCACAGGUGCCAUGUUGUCACCAAAAGGGCCUCAUGAAAUUCCAAUUGAUGCUGAUAUGAUAGUUUUUUUUGUGUUCUAGGCUGACGAUGCCUAGAGCACUAAAAGCGCUAUUAUAUCACCAUCAGUUUCAAUUUUGCACAGCUCUUUUGGUAACAACAUGGUGCCUGUGAUCCUGAACUCUCUUAUUCUAUGGCUCUCAGUCCUUAUGUUUGCCUAUUGUACACACACCUCUCCAAUUAGUACUCAUCAGGAAGAUCAAAGAAUGUGGAUGAUAUUGGUUCGUGAUAUGAACUCUAAAAGUUUAUAAUUGCUUCUACAUUUGUUAAUCCAAAGGAGUUAUUUUUUCCUGGUAUGAUUGCUGAUUGGAGUGGUGUAUGUGAACAGGCAAACACCCUAGUGGCCGUCUAAUUGCCUGCCUGCCUGCCUGGUUCCUGUUAUUACUGUUGUUGUUGCUCUUUGUACAUUCCACUCACUUGCUUUUAUGUAUAUAUGUAUAAUAUUUCUGAAUUAUAUUUUUAUUAAACUUUUUGAAAAUAG